AUGGGCUCGAGGCGUUUCUGGAAGAAGAUGCCGGCCCCUGGGAGGUUCGACAGGCAAACUCGAAGCUGGAUCCCCUCUUGCCCUCGUUCAGGGGAGAAUGAAGUGCCGGGAAGUCCGCAGGCUACCGACGCUGCGGCGCGGCUGGCCAUGCUCUCUCCCACGAUGCCGGGGAAGGUAGUGAAGAUUUAUGGGGCAGACGGUCCUUGGGUGUGGCCGCUAUCAGGAAGUGAGAAGUUCAGAGAUGGUAUCAGAGGAAAGUUGGAGAAGGUGAAAGACGAAGAGAAUCGCAGCUUCAUGAGCACGGGACCGCAGAGGGCAUACGAAUCCUUUCUGCCAGAAAACUCGCUUGAGGAUAGCUCCGUCCUCUCUACUCCCGGACAUCACGCCAGUUUCCUCUCUCCUCGCAGACCGCAGACUUCCUCUUCGUCCUCGCACUCCGGCUAUCACUUUCAGCGGAGAUAUAGCGAGCCUCGAGUGUACAAGAAGCUUUUUGGCAAGAGGUCAGCAACAACGGAGGCGAUGAGGAUGGUAGAAAUUUUAGAUGGUGAAGAUAGAAAUGAUUUCGUGGAGAGGAGGAGGAGGAGGAGUGAUUAA